CUUCUGCCGGCAAAGCCAAUGCAGCCCCUACACGCAAAGACACGUCAGAUCGAAGGAAGGCACUGCGGAUCAAGGCACCAUAGAGCCCUAACUAGACUAGUAUCCAAAGCAUCCGCCGGGCGCCGGUCUUCUCACGUCCCUCACCCACCGCGAAACCCAGUCUCUUGGUCCCCGAGGCGCAAGGGCGCUGGGAGGGAGACAGCGACGCCAUGGCGGACCCGUUCGAGGUGCGCAUGCGCUUCACCAGCCAGCUGCGCCAGCUUAACGCGUCGGUGACCUCGGCUCAGAAGGCAGCACAAUAUGCGCUGAAGUAUCGGGACAUGGCCGAGGACUUGCACUCGUGCAUCUUGGAGCAACUCGAGAGGAAUAACAUGAAUACCCGAGCCAACAUCAUGUACUUCAUCGAGCACUUCCUCGACAUGGCGAAUAAGGACGGCCACGUGGACUAUGUUCGCAUGAUGCAGCGCGACAUCAUCAGGGUCGUGGAUGCGGUCGCGCCCGACGACGGGUCAGGGGCGGCGAACGUCAAGGUGGUCCGGAAGGUCCUGCACGCCAUGCAAAGCAAAUCCUUCCUCGACGCCCAGGUGGUGACCCAGAUCGAAGAGGUGCUCAGAGACCGCGACGUGGCCGCCCAAGACAUCGCCAUGUCCUCGCCGCCGGCAGACCACGCCGACGGCGGGGACGGAGCCGACGGCCUCGGCGACAUGCCGCCGUCGCGCACGCUGCCGCCGUACCACGGCAAGGGCGGCAGCGGCGGCCCGCCCAAGCUGGACAAGAAGCAGAUCGAGCAGCGCAUGGAAGAGGACCGGGAGCGCCACAAGCGGCAGCGCGAGAACAUCUGGGCGGUCCCGCCCGGCGAGGACGCCGAGAUGGAGAAGCUGUGGGAGGAGACGAGCGACCUGGGCGAGGACGACCACCGGAUGGGAGAGGAGGAGCUGGCGGAGUGGAGGGCCGAGUUCGAGGCGCGGAAGUGUGUGCACCAGAGGGAGGGGGCGGAUGGUCUGAAGUAACCCCUAGGUUUGGCGGGCGCGAAAGAUUGGAGUAACCGCAUUGCAUGGCGUUUUGGGGGGGGCUCGGAUGGUAGACGGGGGCUGCGGCGUUGUGGGAAAAGGACUACCUUGUUUGUGGGAUGGGCCAUUGUUAGCAUAUUCCAAUUGUGGGUUCGAACGGAUGCAAUCACAC